CAAGACCAUCUCGGUCCAGAGUGCGUGAUUGGUUCCAGAGAGACGAAAGCAGCCUUUUUGUCGGGUUUCUCUGCUUUGCUAGUUGCCUCUCUCCACUAGCCUCUUCCUAGAGGUUCAACGGAAGUGGUGUUCGUGCCGUCUCUCAUGUUCAAAAGGAGGUCUGUCCGCUGUCUUGACUUGUUGGCUUCCACUUACCUUGGAAGUUGAAAUGACUUUUUCCAACUCUUCUGCAAGGAACAUUACGGCAUUGAAAUCAACAACAGACAAGUUUUGGAGGACCAGCUUACCAAGUACCUUGUCGACUUUGGAGUGAGGCUGGCUGCCAACAGGGAACACUGCUCCGAGCUAAUUGUCAUCGGGUUUCGAAAUCCCAUCGGGACACUGCGCUUCUGUCGACUAAUUCGCCCUGCUCCCACUCAUCCACAUUACUUGACUUUUAAUCCUUCAGCUGUCACGGCCACAACUUCCAACCUUUUUCUUCGUCGCCUCGUUACAGAUACAUCCUCUAGAGCUUGCUUAGCUGCAAAAAAACUCAAUACACGACGGAAUACAUCAGUGCUAGACAAGCUCCCGCCGGAUAUUGCCGAAGCUUCAUCUGUUUCCGACGAAGUACGGGCUACAGCAAUCCCAUCUCGAUCGAUCCAUAAAGAAGACGCCGGUUCCCACCCCUAUUAUAAUACCCCUGUUAUUGGCCUGCUAUUCGUACACGCUGUCAACGGUCUAGACGGAUACAUCUGAGCACCUCAGCUGACGACGGCUUGCAUUGAUCACCGCAUUGAAAGACGGGACCAACUUGCAUCGACGGAAACAUUGGUUUAAAACACCAUCGCGACACACGCAUAUCCGACCGCAAAAAGCUUGUAAGAGCUUGCAAGAGGGCACACAGCAACACAGGAACACAGGACCAGCAACAACUUUUCGGACUCAACGUGAAACUCUCUUCUCUUUCAACCCUUGAACGAACCACUCACCCUGCCGGCGCAAUCCCAUACUUACGAAUACCUUGGUUCUUUACCUAAUUGCGAAUACCCCCGGACUCGAUCCCGUGUUUUUUUUUCCCUCUUCCCUGCGUCCUAAUUCCUCCCAACGUCGGCUUGCGCUUCGAUUUAUCCCUUGCGUUCGCCCACACCUCAGACCGACAGCUCAACGCGCAGAGUGCAACACAACGCAAAGCAAUCACCAUAGCGACAGUCGCAUCUCGAAAAGUAACACCCAGACAGACAGACAAACAGACAGACGACACCGCAGCAGCCAUGUCGCCCGCCGCGCAAGCGCCCCCGACAGCCGCCGAAAAGGUCGCGUCCUUCUUCUCCCGCAUGAGCCCCGUGCCGUCCUUCCCCGACUACACCGGCCCGCACAAGGUCGGCACCGUCGACAUUGAGAUCCCCGUCUCCGAGUUGGAGUCGCCCAGUCCGACCCCCUACAGCGCAACAGACAUCCACACCGUCCAGUGCCGCGUCUUCUACCCCGCGGUUCCCGAAUCCAACGGCAAGCGCAUCAACUGGUUGCCUUCGCCCCAACGACAACAUGUCUCUGCGUACACCCAGUUCAUUGGCAUCCGUCCCAUGCUCGCAGACAUUGUCUCAUUCCUCCCGCGACAUCUGCACUACACCACCAUUCCCGUCCACAAGAACGCCGAGAUCCUCGACCCAGACACCCCGAACCGACGAUGGCCGACAAUGAUCUUCUCCCACGGCCUCGGCGGCAACCGAAACACAUAUUCCCACCUGGCAGGCUCCCUCGCCUCCCACGGCAUCGUCGUCAUCUGCCCCGAACACCGCGACGGCAGCGCCGUGGCCUCCUUUGUCCGCAUCCCCGGCAAACAAGAUCAGUACUUCAUGCGCGACACCCGCCGCGUGAUCCCCUACGUCCGCAUAGACCAUGACGCCCGCCCCGAAAUCUACGAAGCCCGUGAAGACCAGCUACGCAUCCGUCUCUGGGAGCUCGGCAUGAUCCAUAUGGUCACCCUCAACAUGGACCUCGGCCUCGCAAUGUCCAACCUCAACAAGUCGACACCCAGCUUGACCCAGUUCAAGAACAAGCUCCACGUCCAUGAGCCGGGCUGCAUCAUUUUCGGAGGCCACAGCUUCGGCUCCGCCUCCAUUGUCCAGCUCCUCAAGACGACCUACUACGCCGAGUCGUCCGCCCUCGCACACGUACAGAAGCCCUUAUUUACACCGCGACCGGACUCGUCCCUGUGCAAACAAAUCACGCCAAAGAACGUCACCAUGCUCCUCGACAUGUGGUGCUUCCCGCUGCUCGCCCCCGGCUCCGCAGACCUCUUCAACCUGCCUCUCCCAGCCUACGCAAACACGUCCACCGCGCCAGGCGGCAACGCCAUCCUCGCCGUCGAGUCCGACGCAUUCUACAAAUGGACAGACCACCUCCACGUCACCGCCCGCGUCCUCUCUCCGCAACCCUCGGCGUCAGUGAUCACGCCACAAAUCUUCCGCCGCAGCGGCGUCAGCCUGCCCGAGCCAAACUUCUUUUACGUCCGCUCCUCUGCGCAUCUAUCCCAAUCCGACUUCGGUAUCCUCUUCCCCUGGCUCACCAAAAAGAUCUUCAACUCGGAGGAGCCGGAGCGCGCCCUGCGCCUGAACCUGCGCGCGCAGCUGCAGCUCAUGCGCGCAAAUGGCGUCCCCGUGGCGCGGACGUGGAUAGGUGACCUCGUUGACGGGACGGGGUCCGGGAAGCUGGGUAUCUCGACCGACGAGGACGGUGACAACGGGCCUGAUGACGGUGUCAUGGACGAUAAAGUCAUCUUUGAGCGGUGCGAGGGCAAAGUGCAGUACUGGAACUGGAUCGACGUCAUUGGCAUGGGCCAGCCUGACGAAGAAGAGGAGGAGGCGCCACCACCGGCGGACGGCUCGACGGCGGCUACUGCUACGACAGCGACGAAUGGUGGAGGUAGCGGGUCGGGGGUGAAUGCGCAGGUUGCGGGGGUGGAGCAGACGGAUCGCGACAUGGAGGAUGAGUUGGAGCCGCUUCAGGCUGUUGCGAGCGCGGCGCAGAUUGCGGCAAGGUCAUGACUUCGUGUGCGCUUGUGAGCGAUGACGAGGGAGAGAAGGAGACCUCGGUUCGGGGUGACGAGUUGUAUAAAUCACACGGGGUCCGAUGGUUGAAUGCAUCACGAGAGUAGUAUUGUUGUAUUUUUAGGAGAUUAGCGUAAUUAGCAUCCAGUGCAUCUUGAAGAGCACCCGCAG